CUUCAAUAUGAGCUUUUGUUGAUCCGACCGUCGGAUUUUGGAUCAACAACGUACGCUAAAGUCUUUAACGAGAUCGAUUAUCUUUUCCUUCUUUUCCUUUGCUAUCUAUUUUUUUCUCAAUUGCCUCGUCCAGCUAUCAUUGUCCUAAUAUACACUUAUGCCCAACAGAAGUGACGACAAAAACAGCAACAGAAACGAGAGUAAUUCGGAUGUUAUUUCUGUCGAGAUGAAUAAGCAACAAUCAACAAGUCAAUCAAACGGUGGUGGAGACGACAACGCCGUUCUUGAUAGCAAUCCAAAGGCCCCAAGUCAUUUAUCUGAUACAUCGACUUUGGAUCGUGAAACCAUUGUCAGUAAAAACAAAGACACCAACACGGAUCAAGUUACUGCAUACGAAAAACGACGCUCAAAUUGGCUCAAAUAUCAUCUUUUGGGCGAUAUAUAUGCUGAUGAUGAUCCGAGCGAUAUGUCGGAACGAAGGCAAAACAUUAUCAUUCUCGUAGUCGCUUUAGGCGGUGUAGCUGGACCUCUUGGAAGUAUGAUGUUUAUGCCGGGCUUACUUGCUGUUGCGAAUGAUUUGAAUACGAGUACAUCGGCUGUCAAUGGAUCGGUGUCCGCAUAUGUUGUCUUCAUGGGCGUGGCGCCACUAAUAUGGGCCAGCAUCAGUGAUCAGUAUGGAAGGAAACGCAUGUAUCUCUUCAGUAAUCUUCUAAGUCUAGUAACAUCUAUAAUUUGCGCUGUUUCGUCCAAUAUCGGAAUGCUUAUUGUGUUUCGAGGGCUUCAGUCAUGCGGCGCCAACGCGGGUCUUACUUUAGGUGCUGGCGUUAUUGCUGAUACUAUCCCGAUAUCUAUCAGAGGCAAGGCUUAUGGAUGGUUCUAUAUAGGACCUUUAAUUGGACCUGUACUGGGGCCAACUAUUGGAGGAUUCUUGUGCCAAUACCUUGGAUGGCGAUCCACAUUUUAUUUUCAAGCAAUUCUCAGUGGCCUCCUACUCAUUAUGACAACUGCGUUUCUUCCCGAAACGCUUCGAAAAGCUAAACCCGAGGAAAAUCUAUCUAGCGAGAAAACAUCUUCCCAUCCAGGGGUGUUACAAAAGCUAGUGCGAGACUUUAAACCAAUGUUUCUCAUGCUAAGAGACUGGUCCAUUAUUAGUAUAACGGUGUAUCACACUGUUAUUUUUGCAUGCUUGUAUUUUCUGAACCCUACCAUCACCAGUACGUUUCAUGCGUUGUAUGGGUAUAACGAGUGGCAAGUUGGUCUGUGCUACCUUUCGCUUGGUUUUGGUUUGAUGAUCGGCUCGGUCAUUAGUGGACGGCAUUCUGAUUCAGCAUUAAACAACACUAAAAAGACGAAAAGACACACACGGCAAGUACCAGAAAUGCGAUUGAUGGCGUCCGUGCCUGCCUUUUUCUUCAUUCCAGCCGGUUACAUCAUCUACGGAUGGACGGCUGAAAAAGGUGUUGGUGUCUACGCUCCUCUGAUUGGGCUUUUCGUUUAUGCAUUGGGACAAAUGUGGGCGUUUACACCUACAUCUGUUUACCUUGUCGACUCAAAACCGGGAUCAUCUGCAACCGCAGUUGGAGUAACAAACGCAGUACGAUCGAUUGUUGGUGCCGUCACUGCCGUAUUUUCAACGGAUGCUGUUGAUGCAUUAGGUCCUGGCAUCCUUUUUACCAUACUUGCCGCAAUAAACAUUGUUAAUUUUAUAUUUGUGCUUCUCACCUAUUAUUAUGGUGAAGCAUGGCGCACGAAUUUCGAAACAAAUGUUCUUCAUCGUCCUCCUUCUGAUAGUAAAGCCUUUACAGCCACUGACGACAUUGAAGCAGCUGCUGUGAAGGGGAACAGCAACAUCGCUUCAACCACUGCGGACGAGCAACAUAUGGGCGAUUUACAUUUGGCACGGAUCACAUCAAAGCAUAGUGCCGUCUAGAAGAACGCAUUAUAAAACUAUACCAAGGAAAUUAUCAUAUUCGCAGCAUCAUAUAACUCAUUCAUUACAUGUCACUUUUUUCUUAAGCAUAUAUGACUAUAACUAUACUUUACAUUUUUUCGACUGACUUU